AUGGCCUUGGGACCAAUUAUCAUUCCUAUAAUGUAUCUUAUUGGACUUAAGCUUCCACAACCUGUCAUUGAAAGUGAUGAAUACAAUUACCUCUUUGAGGUUGUGAAUCUUUAUGGGCGAUACCUCAAUGAUGUCAAUGGCUACCAGAGAGAAAGGGAACAAGGGAAAUUUAUCAACUCCAUAAGACUGCGUUUGAUUCAUGGGCGUGGGGAAGAAAGUGAAGAAGAGAUCAUAAAGAAGAUACAGAAUGAAAUAGAGGAGAAGAGAAAGGAGCUGCUGAGAAUAGUGUUAAAAAAAGAAGGAAGCAAAGUGGCAAGAAAGCUCACGCUGAAUCCUCUUCCUUCACGCCGCUGGUUUGCUGUUUCUGUUUGUUCUUCCUCUUUUCUUUUUCUUCCGCCGCCAACUCGUGUGCCUCUCGUGUGCGCCUCCUCUUCCGCCAAUGAAGAUGAUGAAUGA